AUGGCUUCAUCACCUGCAUCUCUACGUUCUCUUUACCGCUCCCUUCUCCGGGAGCUGCCUCCUCGACCCGUCCUAGCCUCACCGCGCUCUGCUCUGCACUCUCGUCUCCGAAAUUCAUUCACUUCCGGUUCCAAGGAUGCGACAUCGCCCGACGCCCGCGCUCACGCCGCUGCCCAGGCCAUUGCCUACCUUCGAUCUCAACGCAUGUACGCCACGCUUCUUGAGCGAUAUAACCCUGGCAUGGGUAUGGACGAGGAGGAGCGUGUUCGCCUGACUGCGCGAAGGGUUGGCAUGGAUCUGCCGGUCGAGUACAAGUGA